GCGUCCGUGCCCAAAUUGCUCCGCGGCACUGAGACAGCUGAGUCACACAUACAUUUAGACCCAGGUUAAAUACAUAUUGUGCGAAAAAGAGCGGCUUCAGUCGAGAAAUUGCCGCGACUACCUUGAAUUCCGACCCCAGCUGCCUCUGACAUCGCGUCGAAAGAUGCUGACGAUAACAGUAAAGACGCUCCAACAGCAGACGUUCAAAAUAGAAAUAGACCCAGAAUUGACGGUGAAAACCCUGAAGGAGAAAAUAGAGGAGGACAGAGGAAAAGAUGCAUUUCCUGCUGCAGGACAGAAACUCAUCUAUGCAGGUAAAAUCUUAAAUGAUGACACCCCGCUGAAAGAGUACAAAAUUGAUGAGAAAAACUUUGUGGUGGUCAUGGUUACCAAGCCUAAACCAGCUCCCCCUCCACAAGCAGCCCCUCAGCCAACUCCCCAACCAGCUGCAGCUUCAUCACCACCCUCAGCCACAGCACCAGCCUCAGGCCCAGCACACGUUCCCCCCACGCCAACACAUACAGUGUCUGCAUCUACACCUGCCCCACCGUUAGUGCCUCCCUCUGAAUCCUCGGCCCCAGUCCCAGAAAACACCCCUUUAGUUUCUGUUGAAGCAACAGCAGCUCCGGACUCAAACGCAGCUCCAGAUUCGGCUCCAGUUUCGGCUUCAGCUGCUACUCUAUCCUCUAGCCCAGCUCUCGCUACUGAAACUGUUACGACGCCUUCGGUCGCCACAGACUGCCCCACCCCUGCUACCCUGCCAGAAGAGAAGCCAAGGGAAGACCCUGAGAAUCAACCAUCUGCCCCAGCACCAGUCCACUCUUCUGCUUCCAGCCUUGUUGAUGAACUGGGUCUCCUUGAAGAAGCAGCAUCAAUCCUGGUGACAGGUCCAGCCUAUGAGAACCUGGUGUCAGAGAUUAUGUCUAUGGGUUAUGAUCGGGAGCAGGUAGUUGCUGCACUUAGAGCCAGUUACAACAACCCUGACCGAGCAGUGGAGUAUCUACUCAUGGGUAUUCCAGCUGAGGCCAGUGAUCUGCCACCUCAAGAGCCAGUUAGACACAGUGUUCCAUCUAACCCCCCGAACCCUGCAACACAACAACCACAGCAGACCCCAGCAGCCUCUAACACAGGGCCAGUGUCUGGCAGUCAGCCUCCCUCUGCUGGUGGAGGACCUGUCUCUACAGGGAACCCUUUGGAGUUCCUGAGGAACCAGCCUCAGUUCCAGCAGAUGAGACAGAUCAUCCAGCAGAACCCGGCCCUCUUACCAGCCCUGCUGCAGCAGCUUGGCAGAGACAACCCGCAGCUGCUGCAGCAAAUCACGCAGCACCAGGAGCGUUUUGUACAGAUGCUGAAUGAGCCACGAGGUGGAGAGACAGCAGGGGAGGGUGCUGAGGCCCAGGGGUCACCACACACCAACUACAUCCAGGUCACCCCACAGGAGAAGGAGGCCAUUGAGAGGUUAAAAGCACUGGGCUUCCCUGAAGGCUUAGUCAUCCAGGCUUACUUUGCAUGUGAGAAGAACGAGAACCUGGCUGCUAACUUCCUGCUACAGCAAACGUGGGACGAUGAGUAACCAAGCAUCACUUGACACAUCACCGUUUGACAGAGGGCCGCAGAGUGGAUGACAGCGCUACACAAGGUCCACCCAAUCAACAGGGACAGGAAAGGAAGACUACAUUUCUUUUCACACCAUGUGACUGUGGUCUGAUGGUGGUGAUGAUGAUGACAUGCUGUUCAAAGUUAGCUGUGCUGCCUACUCUCCAUUCAGCUGUGAUGAUCAUUGUAGGAGCUCACACUGAGCUGUCCCUCACUGCUGCUACAUUAUUACUGCUGCCGCUUGUGCUGAGUGAUCACACUGAGAGAAGUCAUGCCAGGAAAUAUGCCAACAGUCUGCAUCACCCUCACAGGCCAACAGGCUUUUAUUAAGAGGGUUUCACUGCAGUCAGCUCACAGGCUGCCUGUAAAACAUGUGUUAAACUUGUUAGACUACUGUACAUACAGAGUAUACACACUACAGCAUACUUGUAGUGAAUGUAUACAUGACAGAAAUUUUCAACAUGUGUCUUUACAAACCUUGCAUGUUGGAGUUACCUGAAAAUGUGAUGCAAACUGUUGACUUCAUUUUUUGAGAGCUAACAUUGCUUUAUAUUAAAGUUCGGGUCUGAUCAUUUCUUUUCCUCUGCUUCUUUUGUCACUUGAAGAAAAAAAUCUGGAAAAUAUCUCAGACCAAAUGAGUCCACAUAACACAAAUGUGCUUCUGUGGUUCUAUCCAUGGAAAAUGAAAAGGCAACUGAAAUUGCUGCAAGAGUAUUUGAUACUUUGCUGCCCAUUCCUGCCAGAAAAAGAAAAAUGUUAGAAAUAUAAAUGUUAAGUCAAAUUGUUUAGAUAAUGGAACGUGGAAUGAUAAAAUUGUGAUUUUGAUUAUUCAAGUCAAAAUGUUGACUUAGAUCAAACAUGAACUAGUAAAUGAAUGACUCAAAAUUUUGGCCUUGUAAGUAAAAAUUCAAUUAAUCAUCAUUUUGAUUUACUGCCUCAAAAUUUAGUCUCAGUAUCAUAAAUUGGACCUACAAAUGAAAACAUUUUGACUUGGUUUCUAUCAAUUUUGACUUAAAAAGUCAAUAUUUCACUUAUUUUCACUAACCAUGAUUAAGUCAAAAUAAAACAUUUGACUUAAGUUUGUGACUUUUAUUAUUUUGACUGUAUUAUUUUUCAGUCUCAACUUUUGUUGUGAUGGUGUUUUUUUUUUUUUUUUUUUUUGGCAGAAAUGGGCUUCCAGAAAAUAUAGACAUUCAAAGUUAGUUAAAAUCUGUCUGUAUCAUGGUUACUUGUUAUCACAUGUAUUUGUGGAAGAGGUUGGCACACCCACAUGCAGCACCCAGCUUGACUUUCUCAUUAUGGUUUUUGACUGCGGAGGGUUUUUUUUUGUUGGUUUUGUUAUUUUUGAGAUUAAGGAAUUUGAAGGUUGAUUAUGAAGUGCCACAUUGCAUACUUUGUGAGCAGAAGAUUUGAUAUUUAACUUUUUUUUGGUUUUGUUUCUUGGAUAGGAAAAGGUGUGUUCUUUUUCAAUAGUUCCUUAGCUGGAAUGAUCAAGUGUAGUCCAGUUCCAGCACUAUUUUGAGCAAUCAAGUUCUGUUCAGUUGGUCUCAUAUCACAUCUACUAUGCAUCUUAAAGCUGUAAGAAUUUGAGCCAUUGCUCCAUCAUGCCUUAUGGAUUGUUAAACACAUUUCAUUUCACUACCAGUGUUUUAAUUUACAAUAUAGUGUUUAAAAUAUCACAAAUGAGUGUCACAGGAUUGGAGGUCAUCAUUAGACUUUUAAUUAUUGGUAAUUAAUCAGUUAUUGUUUCAAAAGUGGACUAAAGGGAAUUUGAAUAAGUGCUAGAAGCCAAAACAAAACAAAACAAAAACAGAUGUUUUUUCAGCAUUCAGCAUGUGCUUUGCUGUUUCUUCUUUUACUUUAUUUUCUUUGAGCUGGAAAUGACUGGAUGUUUUGUAUUAUAUUGUAAACAGGGUAUAUAUACACUUUGGGGAGAAAGGCACAUUACUGUGACAAAUGCUGCUCUAGCUGUGAGGGGUUGUUGGUUGCAUGAGAUUGUUGCAGUUAUUUAGCAUGGCAGUGGGUUGGGAAUGAUGAAACCACAGUGUGGCGUUGCUCUGAUCUCAGUUUAUCUGUUGUUUGGUUUUCUUUUUGGGUUUAUAAAAAAGAAACUACUUAGACCCUGAAAUACACCAGAUGAGGUUUUGCUGAAUACUUGUGAAAAACUUUUGUUUCACCAUUGUGUAAAAUAAAUGGCUUUUACAAAGUG